UCUGCCGUUCGUUGCUCUGGUUCGCCGACUCUGUCUCUAGAAACCCGAUCGGUUUUUAUUCCCUCAGAUCUCGCCGACACCUCUCUCCCGACCUCAAUCCUCGACCGGCCGCCUCCCUCCUCUUUCCGGCGCGGCCCUCCCAUGGGGUGGCGCGGCAGCCUCCCUCUUCAUCCAGUGCCUCCCUCCUGCGCGGCCAGCCGUCUCCCUUCCGGCGCAUGCGGCCCCCUUCCCUCUCCCAUAAAGCGCGCCCACCUUCUCUCUCCUCUAGCACCGCCGCCGUACAAGCCGGUCGCCGCUGUUGUUGCUUCUGACGUAGCGCAGAAGCAGUAUGAGCAGUUUAUCAUCGCUUCCAGAUCUAUGGAGGCCAGGUCCGACGAGGGUCGGCAAGACCUGAGGCGUGAGGGCCCAAGAGAACAUGCACCGGUAGAGCUGCAGUGUAAGUUCCUUCAAAAUCUUCCAUCACCUUGGACUGUUGGUGUGUCUUAUGAAUAAGGAAAUGUUUGUCUUAUGAAUCUCUUUUCUGUGCAAACUGUAUAAAUCUUUACUCUAUCAUUGUAAGCAGCUAUAGCAUAGAGCUUCAUGUACAUGUUCACUGUUUUGAGGAUUUUGGAUCACAAAGUCUUAGCAAUUAGCACUAUUCAGAUUACAGCUGUAAUAAGAUAGAAGGCUCAAAUUCUUUUUUUUAAAUGUUUUUUACAUGGUAAUAGUAUUUGUUGUCUGAACUUUGUUGCUUCGUAUCCAUUUCUUAUUUGCAUGAUGUCAGGUUGAUAUGUCAGCUAACUUGGAAGAGCUUCAGUAGAGAAGGAGCAUAUUAGCUUUGAUGACAAGUCGGCUAUAAGAAAGAAAACAUCCAUGCAGUUACUCUCAACGAUUCUAAAUUGUUGUUGUUGUUUUAGUUCAACGGAGGGAGUAUUUGAGAAUCUAUGUUUGUGAUUUUGAUACAUAGGGAUUUAGUAUUAUAGCAUUGGGGGUUAUUUGGGUGUAUGAUAUAUGUAAUAUUUGGUAUGAAAUGGCAAAUGAAAAACAAACUAUUAUUUUGUAUUAAAUAAGAAAUUGGUUUCAGCUUUUAAA